GAAGAAGGUCAAGGAGAGGCAUAGGAAGAGACCGACAUUACCUACACACUCCGAUCAUUUAGUCUCACGUUACAAAUACAACUUUCCUUGUAACUGCAUAGUUGUGAAUAUCCCCCUAAAAACUGCCCUCGUUUAAAAACCCCAACUUUUUUUAAAAAACAACAUGACUAGAAGGGAUCAUCAACAGGGAGUUACAGAGCUAUCCGAAAUUACUUCUGGAAGGGAUGAUGCUAACGAACUGUUGUUGAAGUCCUUCGAUACACCGGAACCAGGGACGGACUUUGAAGGAUCAACAAGUUUCGGUCAAGGUACCUCUGAAGAUAAUCGGUUACUUCAACCGGAAUAUGCGGCAGAAGAUCAUGGUGGAACUCUGGCCUCAGAUAUAGAUCGCAACAUUCAUGAUGCUAUCAUUGGGAGCUCAAGUGUGAAUAAUCAUGAAUAUGAUGUAAAUCAGUACAACCUAAACAAUGGUGGAGGUGGAAGUAGUAGUAACACACAUUUACCAUCAUCAUUGGAGAGUCGGCAACCAAAUACUGGACUCACACGGAAACAGAGAAUCAUGAAUGUAUUAAAUCAUGUACUUCCAUUAAGACAAACGUAUGAAAGAAUUAAUAAUGGACUCACCACUGGGAGAAUGCAGGCAAAUAUACCCGGUAAUUUUGUGGGUCAAGGAACAGAUGGAGUUUUCCGUAAUUUGAUGGCAAAACCGGACACAGACUCGAACCGCCAAGAACAGGAAAUACAUCCUCCUACGUAUGAUGAGGCUGCAGCUGAUGCAACCCCAGAGUAUUGGGAAUCAACCGUGAUAUCACCAAUGUACGAAGAUGAAGUAUUUGUAGAAGGAUUACCGGUGGGGAAUGUAGCAAAUUUUGUAUGGAAUGGACUUGUUACUGUUGCAUUUCAAUUUAUUGGGUUUGUGUUAUGCUAUUUGUUACACACUUCACAUGCUGCUAAGCAAGGAUCACGUACUGGGUUAGGAAUUACCUUUAUUAUAUAUGGAUACAGCAUGAUUCCUUCAAAUUUUGGUCAUGCCGAUCAAUUACCUGACAAAUUUGUACCAGAUGAUCCUAAUUUAAUUAAUAUCGAUAAGGGAGUUUCUAUUUCCAAAGGUGGGAAGAUUGAUAAUUAUUCAUCUGGAUUAUUUCAUCAAGGAGUGGAUGAUCCUAGUGUAUUUGAAAAUAGAACUCCAUACUUUGCAUAUGCUGUGAUUGCAUUUGGAUUGUUUAUGAUCAUGAAGGCAUUGGCUGAUUAUUUGCUUGUGAAACAAAUCGAACGGUCUAUUCUUUCACCUAAUCAGGGCCAACAGCAAACGCAUAGCAUUACUGAAGAAAUCCACGACAACGAUGAGGAUUCUCGGCAGGCAAGAGAACGCAUAGCAGAGCAAGUUUGA